UUUACAUCCUCUGGUUUUGGACCCUUAUCACCCAGUCACCCGUUUGAUCAUACAUCAUUAUGACCAGAAGUUACAUCAUUCUGGAUCUGAACGGCUGUUUGCCGAACUACGGAGAUAUUACUGGAUUCUUCGUGGCCGCGAAGCUGUGCGACGGUUUCAACAUGAGUGUCCGGAAUGUCAACGGUGGAGGGCCCAACCGACAAUCCCUAAGAUGGCAGAUUUACCCUCUGCUCGUCUUCGGCUCUACAAGCCUGCCUUCCAUUCUUGUGGAAUGGACUGUUUUGGACCAUUGCUGGUCAGACUCGGAAGACGUACAGAGAAGCGUUGGGGUAUUCUGUUUAAAUGUUUGACCACGAGAGCAGUCCAUUUAGACCUACUUCCAAGCAUGAGUACUGACUCCUUCCUCAUGGCUCUUAGAAGGUUUGUCUCGAGGAGAGGGACACCGGCUGAGUUAUGGUCAGAUCAAGGUACGAACUUCCGCGGGGGUGAAAGGGAGUUACGGGAAGCUUAUGCCGCAUUAGUUCCUGAUAUACAGCAUCAGCUUGCUCGUCAGAAGAUCCAUUUCCAUUUCAAUCCCCCAUCGGCCCCCCACUUCGGUGGAGUCUGGGAACGGGAGGUGAGAUCUGUUAAGUCAGCCUUGUACACAGUUUUGGAUUCAGAGUCAGUUCCCGAGGAAGUGUUGAUGACCGUCUUGCUGGAAGUGGAGGCCAUCCUGAAUUCAAAACCCUUGGGUUAUGUGUCGUCCGAUAUUGCAGAUGCUGACCCAGUGACGCCAAAUAGUUUCCUCAUGGGGCGGCCGGAUGGAUCUCUGCCUCAAGUCAUUUACCCAGAAUCAGAGAUGCUAAGUCGCCGGCGCUGGCGACAUUCCCAGAUCCUAGCGGACCGAUUCUGGUCAAGGUUCAUUAGGGACUAUCUUCCCAGCCUUCAAACUCGCCAGAAAUGGCAAGCCUCUCCCCCUGACUUGAAGGAGAAAACAUUUGUUUUAGUUGUAGACCCCCAAUUACCUCGUGGUUUAUGGCCUGUGGGACAAGUUAUCAAGACUCACCUAAGUCCGGAUGGUCAUAUCCGUUCAGCGGACGUUCAGAUAAAGGGCCAAGUUUACACCAGACCGGUAGCCCGCCUAGUCAUCCUGCCAGCCUUACCUAAGGAUUGUCCCGAUGCUGCUAGCCCCUGAUAAGUGAAGUCGCCUUUCAUGGCAGCAAAGAUGCUCCACAUCUUUGGGGGCGGCUGUAUUAAAGGCUCAUUCAGUCGGGACUUUUAUUCUGAGACCGCAUUUAGUCGGGACUUUUAUUCUGAAACCGUAGUCAUGGUAACAUGCAGAACAGUGUACAGUCGUCAGUGCAACUGCCGCUAUCUGCUGUGUGUAGGUGAUCUGUGAGAGCUGUCAGCUGUAAAGUUGCUGAUUCCUGUUCGUUCGGGGUGAUUGGUGCAACUGUAAUAUUAUGAUGUUAGUCAUUGCCCUUAAAACUAUGUACAUCAUUGAAUAUACAGUUGUGAUCCAUCCAUCUACCUACAAUACACCAAGUUAAUCUGA